AUGGAUCAAGUUAUUCUAAUUUGCUGCGUUUUUAUUUUAUACUUGGCUUUAUCACCCGGAAAAACUCAUUCAACGAUGGAGCAACCCCCUCCUCCCCAUACGGCUCUACCGAUCUCUGAGGCGUCCAAACAAGGGGAAACACAGCCUUCUCGUACUCAGACUUUUGGCGUAGAUUCUCGAGUCGCAUAUUGUCCCACUUGUCGCUUGAAAGUCAACACCAUUGUCGACAAUCAAAUCAGCACUGCCAAGUUUCUCUGUCUGUUUGUCCUCUGCCUCAUCACCGCUCCCCUGUUUUUAUUCCUCAUACCCUUCGUUUCUUCCGGAUAUCAGGAGGUGAAUCACUUUUGUCCCUACUGUUCCAACCUUUUGGGCAUUUUUAAGUCAGAGUAG